CAAUCACGAAAGACUGAUCGUUUACAACUACGAGGUCCUGGACAAGUUAGUUUUAAAAACACGGCAAAUCUGAUUACAACAAAAAAAAAUAAAAAUAAUAAAAAUAAAAUAAUAAUAAUCCAGAACAAACUAAAAGGUUUCGAUUUCAGUUAAUUUAGUCCAGCAGUUAUUCAAGCAUAUAAUCAACAAAAUAGGGAUCACACUUAUCCUAUAGGCUUACUACGAUUGUACUCAGAAGCAAGCAAAUCUGUUUUGAAACAUGGCAUUUAAUCAGCGAAAUGCUUCCAAUAGACAGAGAUUUAAAAAGAACCGUGAUGAUAUCGAUCAUAAUCAUGGUGGACGGGACAGCGGAGAAAAACGUAAGACAUAUUCUAACUUCACACUCAGUCAUCGAGUAGGAACAAACUAAGCUACUGCUAAAACUAUUGGAAACCUAUUAAAACCGAUUUUUAAUUAUUUUUUUUUACAAAUACUAUACUAAUAACUAUAGGCAUAGGCUAUAGCCAUAGGACACACCCCUGCUCACGCCAGAAAGCUUACAAUUACAUUUUAAUUAAAGCUAUAAAAACCAAUGGCUAAAUGGAUUUUUUAAAAAUCCCCCCCCCCUCCCGCAUUAAUUAAUGAGUGACAAACGAAAAACCCUGCAGCCCACUCGCCCACUUGAAGUUGAAGCACUUCUUUUCAUUUAGUUUCAGCUACUUGUAUCAUUCAAACUAUAAUUAUAAAUAAACUAAUUCAAAUACACAUUGACAUUGUGUAAGUGUAAGAUUAGUAUUAGUAAGAAGAGUCAAGAGAACUCUCAGCCAGCAUUUUGGGUUAGUAGAGGAUUGAUUUGUGACUUGUCAUUUCAAAUUGAAAUUGUCCUUUCAAUAUAAGUUAUAGUAAAGUAUAAGUAAGUUAUAAGCAUAAAAUUAAAAUAUUAAUAUUAACCCAAUACCAGUACUACAAAUUCUUGUUUCCCUAAAUUUUUAUAUUAAAUUUAGCAAUUUAUGACUAAUAAAAAUUCCUGUGCACUAUGAAUGAAUGAUAUCAAAUAUGUAUUUUAGUACUUUUAAUGGAUUUCCAUAUUUAAAAAUUGCUUCCAUGGGCCCAUGUUCUGGAACCAGCUCCCCUUCCAUAUACGUCAUAGUGAAACCUCAUCCAUUUUCAAAAAGUCCCUUAAAACUCAUCUGUUUAGGUCCGCCUAUGACCUGUGAUGCACCCUCCUUGCCCUACCUAAUUUUCUGUUUCGGUUUAAUCCUGAAGUGUCAAAGUGUCCUCUUUUAUAGCCAUUUUCAUUGUUUCUAUAGAAUACUAGUUACUAUCCUAGUGUCUCAUUUGUAUUUAAUUAGUUUACAUGUUUUAAUAAUUGUAAAGCGCUUAGAGCUUUAUGAUAAGCGCUAUAUAAAAAUGCCUAAAUAAAUAAAUAAAUAAAUAAAAAUUUAUAAAAAUGCAAUAUUUUAAACAUUUAAUUUGACAAACUGCGCUGAACUUCUGUGGUUACCAACCCAAAAAUAAGUUGUUACCGAACCAAACCCUAACAUUAUGCUGUUAUUGAACCAAGCUUCUGAAAAAGGAUUCGAUGCCCAUCCCUAAUUUUAUUUGUAUAUUUAAUUUUAAUAUUAUUUUACAAUAAUUAUUAAGGCCUGGUUAACACUCUGUUACGACUCUAUUUUAACGACUGACAAUUUUGUUACUUGAUGUUGUCGUGGGCCUCAGGAUAAUAUUUGAGGAACUGCAUUCAAGCUGUGUAAAUAGGUAAAUAAAAAGUAGAAAAAAGAUAUGUGGGGGCUUGAAAAAAAGACAUACAAAUUACAUUAGGACAUUUUGGCUAAAUGCCAUCUUAAGCAGACAACUUUACUUUAACUCUUAAUUGGUUGUAGUUUAUAAUUAAGUUACAGUAAUAGUAGUUAGAAUAUCAAUAUAAAUCAUAUAAAUAUUUUGUAAUAUAGGCCUAGGCAACAUGAUUAAUUAUAAUAUGAACAUAUAUUUGAUGCCUAAUAUUAAAAUAUUUAUUGCUAUAAUUUAUUAAAAAAAUUAAUGUAGGCAUAUGAGAUAGAUGUCUGUAGUGCAUAAAUAUGAUGUACCAGUAUUUAGCAUAGUUAUAGGCUAGGUCUAUAUGUAUUAUAAAGGCACGGUAUAUACUUAUAGCCAUACCCAUAGCCUUAUGCACGACAAUUAUACAGCCUUACAUUACUUGGCCUUUAAGUAUAGUAAAGCCCAGUGGUUUUCAACCUUUUUUGACUUGCAGUUCCCUUUUCAGAUUCAAUUUCUAUUGGCCUACCCUCUAUUAAUGAUGUUUAAGAGUUUCCUGUAGCACCUGAGAAGUGCAUUUAUUAGCAUCUAUAAAUUAUACUAUUAAAUAAAAUGGGGUUUUGACCCAAAUAUUAAAGUUUGGGAACCUGUGUUCUAAGUUUUAAAAGUUUCAAGGAAAGGUUCAAAAGAAGUGACAUUUGAGUAAAUUAUUUAUAAACACUUUAACUUAAUUUAAGACUAAAUUUCAACAGGGAAACGACAAAAAAAUGAAGUCAAAUUUACUAUAGCAGAUGACAGCUCCCCCAUCAUGAAAACUUUUCAGCUUUUUCAAGAAGAACUUGACAACAGAAAUGAUCGUUAUGAGCGAAUAGUCAAAUUAAGCAGAGACAUUACAAUUGAAAGCAAGCGACUUAUAUUUCUUUUGCAGAGAGUUGCUGGGUAUGGUAUCUAAUUUUUUAUUUAUUAAAUUUAGGCAUGUAAUUGUAGUAAAUAUAGUCUAGAUUUUCAUUAGCUAUGAAAUUAGAAAUACUGUACCAAAAAUGAUACAUAUAAGAACAUUGGCAAGUGAAACAAAAGCUAAUUUAUGAACAGGUGGCACUGCCAUUGAUGCCAGUUAUUUACUAUGUUACAGAUAAUACUAUGUUUUUAAAGGUCAGAUGACAGGGAAACAUUGCUUUCUGAAGCAGCUUUCAAACUGAAGGAGUUAAAUGCAUCCAAGUUUUUUGAGCUAGCACAAGAGUUAGAUGGUCAGGAUCCAUUCCAGUUUGUCAGAGCCUUUUCUCCAGGUACAUAAACCUAACCCUUGAUAUGUUUAUUGGUAAAAAUAAAAUUACUCUUGGUGUUGCAAUGUAAAUCUAAAUGCAUUAAAUUUUAUUUAUACAAGUCCCUUUCUGGUUAAGUUUUAAACAAAACAAAUAAAUAUUUAUCAUUCAUCUGAUAUUUUUAUGCAAUUUAGAGUAGUGAAGUAUUUAAAUGAUGGCUUCUUAUUUGUAGGUCUGCAAGAGUAUAUAGAAGGAGUAACAUUCUACCAUUAUCUGACAAUGGAAAAGUUAAUUGGCAUUGAUAAAAUACAACCAGAUUUGACCUUUACAAUCACAGUUGCGCAAGCUCUUGAAUCAAGCUCCCUAAAUAUUCAGAAUACACAGAUAAUUGAUUUGACAACAAAAGACCAACAGAAAGCACUAUCUGAAGAAAAUUUAGCUCCAAAGGCACCUGAAGAAAAAUUCGUAUCUUCAUCUACCAAAGCUUCAGCUCCUGAAGAACUUGCUUCUGGAAAUGAAACUAGGAAGAUAUCCGUUCCAAUUCCACCAACUGAGUAUAUGUUAGGUGUGGCUGACUUUACAGGUGAACUUAUGAGGAUGGCAAUCAACAGUGUAGGUGCUGGUGAUCUGGAAAAACCCUCAGUUGUAAGGAAGCAAAUUUGUUUCUAUCAUUCUAUGAAUCAUCUUAUGUACACUAAUUAAGAAUCUGUUACUUGCAAAAAAUUUUCCUUUUUGGAGUCGUUUUAGAUUAAACUCAGUAAAUAUGUAUAUGAUGGUAAAUUAGAAUCUGAUUAGAGGAUAUAUUGUACAUGCUUUGUUUUCAUUUGUUAAUAUUUAAGUCAAAUGUUAUGAAAUACCUAUAAAUAAUUAAAGAGCAUUUUAAAUAUUUAUAAACCUAUUUAUACCUGAACAAUUUACAAAUUUAAAAAAAAAAUAAUUCAAGGUUGCAAAUAUGAUGCGAGUCAUCCACGAUGCUUUCACAACAUUUGCCAACCCUCCCAGAGAACUACGACAGAAAACAAGGGUGCUGCGACAGAGCUUACAGAAAGUGGAGACUGCCUGUUACACUUUAAAAGUUAGAGGCUCAGAAAUUCCAAAUCAUAUGCUUGCAGAUGUGUUUACGUUACCCAGUGCAGUUGCUGUUGAUAAUUUUAAUGAAGAAUCAGAAGAGGUAUAUGACUGAGCUUUUAAUUUUUAAUAAACUUUAUUACAUGUUUAACUUCUAUUUGUUUUUAUUUAGAAUCUGAAGAGAAAGUUUUGAGUAAAACUUGUAUAAUUGUAUGCAAGCUAACACAUUAGGUGAUUUCAUAUUCAAGUUUAAGCAAUGUUUUAUACUGUGUGAAUUCAAAAGGAAGAAUGACGAAAAUAAUUUCAUAGGUGUAUUUUAGAUUGCAUUUAUUGUUUAUAAACAAGCACUUAUAAACAUAAUUAAAGACCAUUCAAAU